AUGGAAAAAAAAAAGAAGGGAAAAAAGGAUAAAGCUUCUAAGAAGGGUUUGAAAAAGGAAAAGAAAGAAGACGAAACGGCGGGUGCGAAAUUGAUAGAGACAUCCGAAAGGGAUGUGAAUGAAGAAACUAGAUAUAUUGAAAAGGACCAAAAUGAUGACGCGCCUGCUAACGAAAUGUCCUUCACUGAGAAGGAGGUCGAUAAGCUCCCUCAUAAUGGGAACAGAACAAAGAAGGGAAGAAGCGAAAUGGAGCGACGAGACACAGAGGAUUGCAGAACUAACAACAGAGAGGAUAAAGAUAGCAUGUUCCCCCCUUCAAAUGAAUUCAAGUUAACUAACCUGAAAAAUGAUGAAAUUUUCGAAAGCAAUCUUCCAAAGAGUACAGGCGAAAUAUCUCCCCUUGAAAAAACAGAAUUUUUUUCAACGGAAAAGGGGAAUGGUUGCCAUAUGAAGGGGCUCAAAAAAAGUGUCCAAUUUUUAGAAGAUAUGAAAGGAUUUAUAAUGAAGAAGCAGAGAAUGGACGACCUUGUUAUGAAUAUAGGAAAUAAAAAGGAAGAUAAUAACGUAACCCCAGAUGGGCGCGACAGUUUAAAGGCUGGAACUAAGGGUGAAGUGACCUCCCCUCUCAAUAUAGAAGAAAAGGAAACCCUGUCCUACAAGCUGAAGAAGCAGAAAAAAAUUGAAAAAUAGGAAAACACGUUCCUUAAUUAUUUAAAGAACCCCAGAUUGAAUUUGUCCAAAGGGGAGGACUUGAAUGACUACUUGUGUAUUAGUCCCACUACAGUAUACUUUACAGACGUAACGAAAGAUGAAACGCCGACGAGGGACCUACUAAUCACGAAUAAAGGCAGUACGCUGCUGCACGUAAUAAUAGUGCCACCAUCCACAAGCCACUUUUACAUAAAAGACAUAAUUAAUGUGUACAACAAAAAUGAGGAGAAUUCCAAGAACAAUUUGAACAAUCAAAUAGCCCCUGGACAUUCCUUGAAGAUCAAAUUAGGUUACAACGUUUUCACCCUGAAGCAUCAAAGGGACCAAAUAAAAAUCCUGUCGGAAGCCGGGAACAAGACGAUAGACAUAAAAGCGUUUCGCUCAAUGCCAAAAAUGAAGUUCCAUAAAAUUUUAAAUUUUGGGCCCAUUCGGUCUCACGAGAAGAAAAAAAAAUCAUUUUAUAUCAAGAACGAAGGACAAGAAACCAACGUGCUGAUAUUACCGAGGAAGCUAUUUACCUUUUACGAGAAAAAGGAGAAAAUUGAAAGGGAGGAAAACAUAUUAAAUUUGCUCAUAAAAAAGAAGGAAGAUUCAAGGGAAGUUCCCCAAAUGGGGGCAAAUAACGGAGCUGGAAAAAUUAUUCAGGUGAAGGAAAAGGAAGACACGUAUUACACAUUUAAUAAUGUAAAAAGUUAUUCUCAGAAUUUUCUCUACUUAUACCAAUAUUUGGCCCAUAAUUUUGAGAAACUAUAUUUUGAAAAUAUUUUGCAAGAUUGUUAUUAUUUGAAUUUGAAAAGGGCAGAGGAGAAGGUCGUUACCUUUGCGUUUAGAAGCGGCAAAAUAGGACCUUACGAGAAGGAUUACCUGAUCGUAACGGACAUCGAGUGCAACUUUGGCGAACUGCAGGACAAAAGAAAAUGUGACUUUUUGAACUGGAACCAAAUGAACGUUUUUCCGUUUUGCGUUAAAGCCUUGGUGGAGCCGCUGCUCUUAAAUUUGGUACAUAUAAAUGGGAAUGUGCCAGGUGGGUUCUCCUUUUCCUUUGUUCCUUUUUUUUAUGCUAUGAUUUUCUCAAAAUAUGGAUCAAGCUAUGGGCGCAGUAGCAGAAGAACACAUUUUCUUUUUUUUGUCGUAUUUUACACAGGGGAGUGUUAUGAACGGAAGGUAGCAGAAUACCUGCAAGGGGGAAAAAGAGACAACUUGAGUUACUUUUUCUACAGCAGUUCUUUGCACUCGAUUAGGUUUCCGGACAUCCAGGUUAACAGCGGGUACAACGUUGCCGAAGUGGAGGUCCUAAACAACGGGCUGAUUGACCUAAAAGUGACAUGUAACAUAUACGUAAAGGCAAAUUCCAAAAUGGAGGAGAAGCAAACCAUUUUGGAUAAGGAAGACAAAGGGGUGUACUACUACGACGAGGCGUUCGAUGUUACGUGUCCACAUUUAUUAUACGAUGAAGUAGCAGAGGGGAAAUCCUCACCGAAGGAGGAAGAGAGGAAGAAAGGAAAAAGGGGAAAAAAAAAUAAUAAAAUGUGCCCUGUGUAUAUAUACCCAAGAAAAUUCACCCUGUCGUAUAAAAAGAGGCAAAAGAUAUAUAUCAUUUUCAAGCCUCAAGAGAAACACGAAAAUUACAAAAAUUAUUGCUUCCUUUUGAUGGUAAAAAAUUUGAGCAAGGGAUCGGAUUUAACCAUUGGUGAUUUGUUAGAAAUACAAAAAAAUGGGGGCGAGGAAAAUAGCGGAUUCCCUCUAGUGUGCGUUAGGGAGAAUAAAAUAAUUAAAAAUAAAAAAUGGAACCAACGAUUCGAAAAUGACAUUUCAAAGUAUGAAGACUCGUCUUCCCCAGAGGGUGACACAUGUUCGAGCUACUCCGAGAUAAGUCAAGAUGAAAGUUUAAAAAAAAAACAAAAUAAGAAGAAGAGCUACUUUGGGAAGAAAAACAAGAAAAAAAAAUUUAUCGCCUUUUGUAUGAAUGUCUAUGCUAAUAUAAUUAAGCCCAAUGUACAUGUAAAGACGAAAAAAUUGACCAACUGCCUUUUGCUAAAUCCGCUGCAUUUAUAUAAGACCAGUUUUACUAUAAAAAAUGGAAGCGAUUUUUAUGUUAAUUAUUGCUUUGAAAAUUUAAGUCAUUUGGAUGGUUUGUCUAAAGGGGAAAACACUAACGCGUUGGAAGGAGAAGAAAAAGAAACGCCUACCGGAGGGGGAAUUCUCGACGAUGUAGCAGUGAAUAGACGGAAAGGGGACUACCCUUUUGCCGACAAGGAAGCGUAUCAGAUAUGUUAUUACAACUACGCAGAUGUGCUGCGUGACAUAGGAUCAGCUAAAAAGGGGGGCGAAGAGAGCAUCACGCAGAGUAGACGCAGCACUGAUCGGGGAAAAACAAAAAUAAGCGAAGGGGCAGAAAAUAGCCCGGAUGACAAAAAUGGAAACACUGAUAAAGGAACAGAUCAAAUGUUAAGUAAGAAAAGUAUGAAAGGGGGCCAAACUGGCGAGGAAGCGAGUAUCCCCCCAGACAGAGAACACAUUUUCAAUUUGAAUAAAAAGUUGGUAAAAUAUUUUUACGAAAGGGGAAACAGUGAUGCGGUUAGCGUGUACGUGUUGGUUAAAAAUACGGCAAAUGAAAUGAUUAGGAGGGAAAAAGAGGAAAAUGGGGCAAUUUUGCAAAGGCAGGAAAAAGAACAACCCGAUGGGGGUAAGGAGUGGACAAAAAAGGUAAAGAAUAAAAGUGUAAACAUUCUCAAAGUUGAAGAAGGGGAAUACUGCCUAAAACCACAUGAGAAAAAAAAAAUCAUUUUAUAUUUUCUAGUGAAUCAUUACGGAUACCACGAAAUGAACAUGAAAAUAAUUUUUUACAUGGGUAAAUAUAUGCUAGAAAAGAAAGUUAAGGGGAGAAUAUUGACCAAGUGCAAAGGGAUCCAAAUAAGUAGAGACUCUUUCGUCUUCCGCAAUAGUUACUCCCAUUACUGUUUUUGCAAUAUGGUGAAAAUUGAAAAUUUAGAUAAAGACUUAAAAUUGAUAAAGUUGGGCCAGACGUUUGGGAAGAAGUGCGGGUUCGUCACAUUGUAUAUGCUUUAUUUGUCUGCCUUUAAAAAUAAGGGCAAAAAAAAGAGCAUAAUGAAACGCGAUGACCUGCUUAACAAUUUUAGGAGAAACUUUCUUCUCUUUUUAGAAGAAGAAAUAGACAAGAGUUGUGUUAAGCAGGAGGGUGACGGGUACCAAUGCAACUUGUGCAGGUGUUCCUUUAAAUACGAUUGUUGCAUCCACUUUUUUGAGAAUAAAUUUUUAGCAUGUACCGACGGGAAUGGCUAUUCUUACCAGUUUGGUCAGGAAAAAUACAUUGUAGAAAAUAGAAAAAUGGUUAAUAUGAUGGAAGAACCUUUUCGUUGCCAACACUUUAGUGACAACUUGCAAGGAAUUUACAAAUAUCAUGCAGAUAAAGAUUUGUAUAUACAUAACAACAAGCCAGAGUUUGGGGAGCACCUUUUGAUGUACCCAUCCAAUUUGUUAUUGCUUCCGUUAAGAGAGACGGUUUUCCUCUUUUUCGUCUUCCUCCCGCAUGCGGGAAGUAUAAGUCCCCUCCUCAGGGUAAUGCAAAGAGGGAUAUGCGCUGCUGCAUGUGCAAUAAAUUGGAAUGCAUUUCGAAGAGACAUCUUAAUUGAGGGAGAGUGCAAAAAUGGAAGCGUAAAAAUAAAGCAUGACAAAAAGUUAGCUAGUACUAGCCCUGCUAAAACGAACAGGGCAAAGAAUUACGUAGGAAUAUGCAGCGACACAUUCCACGUGAAGGUAAAAAAUUUAAACGAGUUAGACAUUUCUUAUGAAAUGUGCCAAGGGGGCAAAAACGAAUUUGAAUACAAUUAUCAUAAAAAGGAAUAUGCGGUGGUUUGGAAUUGUACGCCCAAGUUGGAUUGCUACUAUGAAGACUUCUACACAUUUGCGAAGGUUAAUAACGUGAAAAGGGAAAAGGACAAGGGUUUUUAUUACCAAAAUGGGGGAGAAUUAAAAGAGGAAAAGCACUGCUGUGCAAUGAAUAACGGCGUAGAAUAUAUGAAGGGAGAACAUUGCAUGGAAGAAGGUACCCAAAUACACGGCUGUAUCAUCAUGGCGGAUUGUCACUCAAACGAAGUAAAAGGAAAUCAAAGCAAAACGCACGAAUUUAGAUUGCUGCUUUUUCACGAUGAUGGAAUAACGAAAGAUAACAAUUUUGUAAAAUUGAAAUUUCUCGUAAAAUUGAACUAUUUUCAUUAUCGAGAGGUUAUAAAAGUGUCUUGUUAUUUUGCCAUACACACAUUUGAUUUUGUCCUAAUUAGGGAAGAAGACUUAUUGCUAUCUUUGUUAAGUUAUGCCAAAAUGGUCGUAUGUGAAGGGGGAUGGUGCGAAAAGGGGGCCACUACUUGUGUAGGAAAUGACACAGAGGGGGAGAAGGAAACGAAGACAAACCCGACAGACUCAUUUGUAAACGAACUUAUGGAAGAACUGCACUUUAUAAAAAGAGAAAAAAAGGAUGACCAAAUGUGGGAAGAAACAAUCAAUGAAUAUUUCAAGCAAAUGAAGAAGUUUUUCCCCCCCAAUUUUGAUGAAAAUGUGCUGGUACAGUUUCAAAAUUUUGUGCUCCAAAUGGAGUCAACAUUUGAAGAAGAGGAAAUGAUAUGCGAGGGAGUAAGCACAAGGGAAAAACAUACACAUGGUGUGGAAGAAAGAGGGGAAGAAGAAAAACCUCCGAAUGAAAUAAUUGACGAGGAAGGUUUAAGUAUGGAUGGUGGUGAUUUACCCCAUGAUAAGGGUGAACAUACAAACAUAAGGGCAAAUAAGGAGGUGCAGAAACUUGUGUGGGUGCAUAAACUUCUACACGGGCUGAACAAUAAAGUCGAUUACAAUUUUAUCGAUUUUGUAAGGAAAAAUAAGCGCGAACUGAACUUUAAGUACGAACGGGGGGAAAUCACAGAUAUGCACGACGUGGAAAAGGAUCGAGAAGGGGAAAAAUUCAAGGGGGAGCAGCAGAACAUUGUAAAACGAGACAAAAUAAAACGAGCGAAAAUGGACGAGGAGGGGAAAUGUCACCCUGUAGAUGAAGUUACAAACUUAUUCAAAAGCUACUGCUACGAGUUGAAUAAAGAAAAUGGCACCAUAUACGUAAUAGUAAGUAAUAAGAACAAAUAUGACCUUCGCCUGAAGCUGCGUUCGCCUGCGCACAUAAAUGACAGCUUAAAUGAAGCAUUUCACAUUUGCAUAGAUAAUUUAAUUAUGAGGAAGGAGUGGCCAGGAAUUUCCCGUUUUGUAAAAGAAUACAAAUUGGGUAAAGGAGAAAGUGCGAGCAAUAAGGCGGUCAAUUUAGACAGCGUGGAUUUUGGAAAGUGCAGCAAAUUAAAACACUUGAGCGCUGCAUAUAUAGGGAAAAAUGAAAAAAAGGAAGAUCGCUAUUAUCAGUACUUGAGUAACGUUCUACGCGAAAAGAGGGAAUACUGUUUUGGCUUAAGAAGUAACUUCUUUGUGGACUUUUUCCAAUUCGAAAAUGUAUUAAGUUCCAUGAAAUGUUCCUUUAUAAAACUCCACUUGCAUGCAGACAAUGUCAAUUUGUAUGAGGAUAAAAUUACGUUGAAUUUAAGCAAAAGCGAAAGAGGAAACGAAAAUGGCGAUAAAUGCAUUUUUCUUAAUUCUAUUUUUAUAAAUAAGGAAAUUUUAAAAAAAUUCGAAGAGCUAAACGGAAAUAACAGAAACGAAGAAGUAGACAAAAUAUGCAAGUGUUUUGAAGAAAUAUUAAAACCGAAGGAAAUCGACAUAUUUAACUCGUCCAAUUUGAAGAAAAGGGUCCAUUACACUUUCAGUAAAUUUUAUCACAUUAGGAAUGAAAGGGCGGGAAAAGGAAAAAAUGUUGUAGCAGAUGGGGAAGCAUCGACACAAAGAGAGUGUAAAAGGGAGAAGAUGAUUGACGAAGAUUCAACUGAAAAAUAUGAAAACGGAUGCGGGGAUGGUGACACAACGGAAGAUCCGUCCCACUCGUCCGACACCGCAGAGAUCGGAGACAUGGCAAACAUGGAAAACAUGACUGAUGAAGGGAGCGAAAUAAGAAUUGAGUGUGCGAACAAGUAUAUGGAAAAAAACGAGAAAACAAAGGUGAAACUAUUUUUGGAAAACGUUUUACAUAAGGAAGGGAAGCAUUUAUACAAAAUUGACUGCAAUUAUAACUAUGCCAAUUCGGUGAAUGCCAUCUCUGAAGUUAAAAGUGAAACUGCUUGCGAUGCUUUAAAUGAAAAAUUAAAAAAGUUGCUCUCUCUGCAGUUUUACCUAUCGGUUAAUGUGGAAAAGCCGAGAAUCACGCUACUACAUAAUAGUAAAAUCUCUUACGACAAGAGGGUAAAAUUCGAUUUGAAUUAUUUCAACAAAAAGGCGUACAAAAGAAUUGAUAAAAUGUACAAAAGUGGAGUGAUUAAUGACAUAUUAUAUGAAGACGUGAACGAAGUAAAUGAAUACUUUGAUCAGAUUUUUUUGAGAAACAAAAAUCUCAAGUUGUAUUUUUGCAAUCAGCAGGACAUUCCUUUUUACUCGUACAUAUACACGAAAAAGUUCCUUCAAAUAAAAAAUGUCUACAUAGAUCACGAGGAGUUUGACCAUUCCAACACGAAAAUUUACCACAUUAAGAGCAAAGGUAAGGUCUGCGUAAAGCUAGAAGUAGAUGAGCUGAAGCUGAAGAACGAACUAAAAAAUGAUCGAAACCGUAGUUUGCCCAUGAAAAAUAAAUUAGAGAAAAAGCACAUACAAGAGGAUUUUUUAACAUUCCAAUAUUUAACAAGUAAAAGGCAACAAAGGUUUUGUGUGGAAUGUCAUUAUAACGUGCCCUUUCUAAUCAUCAAAGAGAACCAGCACAUAUUUCGAGAGUUCAACAACUUGAAAAGGAAAAAUCAGAAAAUUGAAAAUUGCAAAGAGCUGAACGAAAUUGAGAGUAAUCUUUCUGACAAAAUAAAGGCGGGAAAAAUAAUAUAUAGCGAAAUUGAAAUGAGGAACAGCGUCUAUUUUAUUUCCAUCAGCUUUAGUGAAUUAAAAGUGUACAAACUUUGUCUGUUUUUGUUUAACACGACGAAAUUUCCCGCCACGUGGGCCGUGAAGGAGGACGACCAACAUAGCGGACAUAAUUCAUACUCCUUAAAAGGCGCCGAUAACAAAGUAUUCCACUUCAGUAAAACGAAAGACAUCCUAUUUGGAAAGACGUACGACAUGCAUGAUGUGAACCUUGGAAAAGACGAAAAUUGGAAUAACCCUUUUCUGUUUCCCGAUUACAUUAUAGUAACAUUCACGCCAACCAGCAAGAGCGACGUAACAAAAAAAUACUGCAUUGACGUGACUGAUGGGGAACGGAUAGAUUUUUAUUUAAAGGGAGUUUAUAUACCAAAAAAUGAUGAACAAACGAAAAAGAGUUAA